AGAAUUUUGAAUAUAAAAUUGUCAAUGAAUCCAUAAUAUCAAUAUGACAUAUUUGUUAUAGGUGGAGGUUCCGGUGGUCUAACAGUGGUUGAUGAAGCCUAAAAAUUAGGCAAACGAGUGGGAUUAGCAGACUAUAUCAAACCAAGUCCACAUGGAACCUAAUGGGGAACAGGAGGAACAUGUCCCAAUGUUGGAUGCAUUCCUAAAAAACUGAUGCAUAUGACAGCAUUGAUUGGAGAAAUUAGACAUGAAUUGACAGCAACUGGAUGGCAAGGAGUAGACCCUCAUUCAAAGAAUGAUUGGAACAUUUUGGUGAAUGAAGUUUAAAGAUAAGUCAAAGGAAUAAACAAAGGCAAUGAUGAUUGGUUGGUCACAACCAAUGGAAUUACAUAUUAUAAUAAAUUAGGUAACUCUCUUAGUCUAUAUACAUAAUAGGUAAGUUAAAGGAUGAUCACACUGUCGAACUCAUUGAUAAAGACGGAUAAUCUGAAUUUGUUACUGCAGAAUACAUAGUUAUUGCAGUUGGAUCUAGACCUUCUUUUCCAACUGACAUUCCCAAUGUUAAAUAAUUGACCAUUACUUCAGAUGAUUUAUUUUCUUUAAGUAUUAGACUUUAAAAUAAAUCUUUUAGAAAAAGCACCUGGAAAAACAUUAGUAGUUGGAGCAUCUUAUGUAGCAUUAGAAUGCGCUGGAUUUCUAACAGGUUUAGGUUAUGAUGUUACUGUAAUGGUGAGAAGCAUUCUUUUAAGAGGAUUCGACUAAGAAGUGGCUGAAAGAAUUGGUGAGUUUAUGAAAAUUCAAGGAACCAAAUUUAUAAGAGGAACAAUUCCAAGUUCAAUAGAGGAUGUAGAUGGAAAAAGGUUAGUGAAAUGGGUAUUGAAUGGAUAAGAAUAAAGUGAAGUCUUUGAUACAGUGUUGCUUGCCAUAGGAAGAAGCGCAGACACUUAAAAUUUAGGUUUAGAAUAAGUGGGUGUAUAAACCAAUAAAGAAUCUGGGAAGAUUAUAGCAAAUGAUGCUGAUUCAACAUCUGUUCCAAAUAUCUUUGCCAUUGGAGAUUGUGUAUAAGGAAGAUUAGAAUUGACACCAACAGCCAUUAUGUGCGGAAAACGCUUAAUAAAAAGGCUAUAUUGCAAUGGAAAUCAAAUCAUGGAGUAUUCAGAUGUCUCAACAACUGUCUUUACACCUUUAGAAUAUGGGUGCGUUGGAUAUUCAGAGGAGGCAGCCAUUAAGAAAUUUGGAAAAGAAAAUCUUAAGAUCUUUGCAUCUGAAUUCACUCCUCUGUUUUGGAAUUUUGCUAACAGAAAGGGGACAUGCUAUGCUAAAUUGAUUGUGAAAAAGGAUGAUGAUGUUGUUAUUGGAUUCCAUUAUCUAGGACCUGAUGCUGCAGAAGUGACAUAAGGUUUUGGUGUUGUGAUCAAAUUAAAAGCAAAGAAGAGUGACUUAGAUAAUGUUGUUGGAAUUCAUCCAUCGGUUGCUGAAGAAUUGGUUUAGAUGUAAACAUGGAAAUGAGAU